UUUUUUCUUACCGAACCAAACACAAAAACUUGUUAAAGCAAAUAGUACACACAAUCUCUCUCUCUCUCUCUCUCACAAUGGAGAAUUCGCCGAGACACAGAGAUGCUCCAACGAAUCCGAUCCCAUCUCCCCGACGCCACCACAACACCAGCAGUAGCAGCAGCACCGAAAGCAACAAGCCACCCACAACUCCAACCCGAAACCUAACCCCAAGAUCCGAAUCCGGAAACCCGUACCCGACAACUUUCGUCCAAGCCGACACUUCCUCCUUCAAACAAGUCGUCCAGAUGCUAACCGGAUCAUCAGACAGACCCAAACACCACGGAUCCUCUCUUAAACCCGACCCGAGACCCUCUCCUUCCCAAUUCUCAAUCCCACCAAUCAAAGCCGUCCCCAACAAGAAACAGUCCUCUUCUCCUUCUUCUUCAGGGUUCCGUCUCUACGAGCGUCGUAACUCGAUGAAGAACCUCAAAAUCAACCCGUUAAACCCGGUUUUCAACCCGGUUAACUCCGCUUUCUCGCCCCGGAAACCCGAGAUCCUCUCUCCGAGCAUCCUCGACUUCCCGUCUCUCGUGCUCAGCCCCGUCACUCCUCUCGUACCCGACCCGUUUGUUCGAUCCGGGUCGUCGGAUCAGAGCCCACCCAACGAUGUGGAAGAGAAGGCGAUGAAAGAGAGAGGCUUUUAUUUGCAUCCGUCUCCGUCUUCGGCGACAACUCCGAUGGAUUCUGAGCCUCGUCUUCUUCCUCUGUUUCCGGUGACUUCUCCUCGACUCUCAGAUUCUUCUUCUACAGCUUCAUGAAAAAAAAAAACCUAAUUUUUUUUUGUGAUCUUAUUAUAUACGAGGGAAAGUGUAACGCUCAGGAUUAUUAUCGCCUUCAAUUGUAUUAAUAUAUCUCUAUGGUUUUAUUGA